GUCUACGUUCCCGGGACGAGGCUCUGUUAACAAGCCUGGCCCGUUCCACGAUGUCCAUGGACUGUGCGUCUUAUGCUACCUCUAGAGGAUGAAUACCUCCUAAACUUUCUUCUGAUGGUACAAGAAUAGUCACGACGACAUGUGGACCUCGUUUUAGCGCUUCGUCGACCAAAGUGGCUUGGUCGUUUUGCGAUAUCGAGAUUUUCGAUGCCUCAAUUCCAUGCCGCGCGGCCUCAAAAGCCGGUGGGUAUCGGAGAAGAGCGUCUUGAGACACAACUGUCAACAUUGACCCUGGACUGCGAGUUGACGCGACUGCAAGGCUUUGGGAGGAAGCCUUGGAGUUGCGCUAAUGCUGAACGUAUAUAGGUUAUUCACUCUGUACUUAUCCAAAGUCAUCCAGCUUUCUUCACACUCGUUUCCAUUGCUCUACUCUCUUUUUUAUCUGCGUUUCAGUGACCGCUCGCUGUCUUCCGUCGUUCUGUCGAUAGCGCAAUUACCCUCCGCCUUGUAUCCUACUAUGCUUCUCCACGGUAUCUUCAGCGUUGUAGCUCUCGCUCGUUAUGCUACUUCCAGUCCUUUCGCGUCGGAACUACGUCCCAGAGCAGCCUGUGACGGCAACACCGCCUCUACGCGUUCAGAGUGGUGCGAUUACUCGAUUGAAGUGGACCCAGCUGACGACGUUCCCGACACUGGAAGGACCCGUGAAUACUGGCUGGAGCUUACCGAUGUGACCGUCGCACCGGAUGGCGUAUCACGCUCGGCCAUGGCUGUUAAUGGAUCUAUACCUGGGCCAACCAUCAUCGCAGACUGGGGUGAUACAGUGAUCGUACAUGUCACGAACUCGCUUACAACUUCGAAUAACGGUACAAGCAUUCAUUUCCAUGGCAUCUGGCAGCUGAAUACCAAUGAUCAAGACGGUGUUAGCUCGAUUACCCAAUGCCCAACUGCCCCGGGUGAAUCAAUGACCUACACUUGGAGAGCGACGCAAUACGGUUCAUCUUGGUAUCACUCUCACUUCGCGCUCCAGGCAUGGGAAGGUGUUUUCGGCGGCAUCAUCAUCAAUGGGCCCGCUACCAGCAACUAUGAUGAAGAUCUGGGCGUACUAUUUCUCAAUGAUUGGGAUCAUCAGACGGUUGAUGAGCUUUAUAUCUCCGCCGAGACGUCUGGUCCGCCAACCUUGGACAAUGGACUCAUUAAUGGCACAAACACGUACGAGGACGGAGGCUACCGGUUCAACCAGUCUUUCACAUCCGGCACGUCUUAUCUAUUCCGUCUCGUAAACGCCGCGGUCGAUACGCACUGGAAGUUCAUGAUUGAUAACCACACUAUGACGGUGAUCGCUUCUGAUCUUGUCGCUAUCGAGCCGUACGAAGCGUCAGUCAUCAGUAUUGGAAUGGGCCAGCGUUAUGAUAUUGUCGUAACAGCCGACCAAACCGAUGUGACUGACUUCUGGAUACGCGCAAUUCCUCAGUCUGCUUGCUCAGAGAACGACAACCAAGACGAUAUUCGUGGUAUCAUAUACUACGGAAACGUGCCUGGUACCCCUACGACCACAUCCUAUGACUACGAGGAUAGCUGCUCCGACGAAACUGACAACAUCGUGCCAUAUAUCUCCAAGACCGUUGGUUCUACAGCUAGUGCGACAGCCGAUGAACCCGUUGCCGUCGGGUUCAACAGUGAUCUGCUCUUCAAGUGGACGCUCAACAGCACAACCUUCAUCUCGGAAUGGAAUAACCCAACUCUUAUGAAGAUCAUGCAAGGCGAAACGGCUUUUGAGACUUCCAACGCCGUGUUCCAGGUACCAAACGCCAAUGAAUGGGUCUACGUCGUUAUAUCCACGACGCUCGCCGUGCCUCACCCUAUUCACUUGCACGGCCAUGAUUUCUACGUUAUCGCGCAGGGUACGGGUACGUAUACCGACGGUGAGACAACUCUCAACCUCGACAAUCCACCCCGUCGUGAUACUGCUAUGCUUCCCGCAUCUGGUCACUUGGUUCUUGCGUUCGAAACCAAUAACCCUGGUGCUUGGUUGAUGCAUUGUCACAUAGGCUGGCACACAUCUGAGGGCUUCGCAAUGCAGUUUGUUGAGCAGUAUGAUGCGAUCGCGGGUAUAGUCAACAACGACACGCUGUCUAGCACUUGUGAGGGUUGGGAGAGUCAUAGCGAGACGGUCGGCAUUGAGCAGGAUGACUCCGGUGUUUAGUUUGUGAGACAUGUGGAUGCUAGAGACAUAGUACAUCUUUUAAAUUUACUGUCUAAGCUUUUAGUUUCUACAAUUUGGUAUAGCUUGUUUAGCCUGUAAGUUUGGUUUUAAUGUUUUAGCUCUUUGUGUAUAGAGAGUACUUUAGGUCUUAAGGUUGUAGUAUUCUUAACGCAUGUAUAAAGCGAGUAGCUAGAAUACGUAAGUAGCUAGCUUUUGCUAAGACUCUACUAAAACCUUAACUAUAUUAAACUUUAGAGCAAUAUUAAAAGUAAUUUCUAAUAUCUAUAGUAGACUAAAUUAAUUUAAAAC